CACUGAGCAAGUACUGAUACUCAGCCAAGAUAACUUAUUACAUGAUGAUUUAUUGCAUCCCUCCAAGCCGAUUUUUUGAUGCUCAAGUGGAUACAAGCAGCAAUAUUUAGCAUUUGUUUAUUUUAUGAAUUUCCGGGUUCUCGCGUCGCCACUGUCUUCGGACCUUCCAUCAUGGCACUAAUUGAUUUUGAUCCUCUCGAGGAGUUUGAUCUUGAAACCUAUUUUAAACGGCGUGAAUGGUGGCAAUCCAUGCGCGGUUGGUUUGCUGAACGAAGAUAUUUUCUCUAUCACCCUCAGUUUCACGAGGGGGAACUCAUAUCACUCUGCUACCCCGAUAUUUCAUUUCCAGCAACUGGCUGGUCUGCAAAAUCGCCUUUUCUGUAUGCCUACAGGGAGAGCCACUCCCUUGAAUACGGCGAAUGUGGCGAGAAUUAUCUUUCGACUGACGUGCCAUUUAGAUCCAGUAGCGUUUGGUUUGCGCAAGACAGAGAGACGCGACUGGAUCAAACGAGAAAGACACCGAAGAGUAUCAAAUAUUGCGUCGGAUUAGCGAGGAUGCUUUUCAGACCUCCUCGUUUCAUAACAUCAUACCUAUCCUGGAGUUUCUAGACAUGGAAGACUUCUCUGGUGUCGUGAUGCCUCAGUGGUCAGUCGUGUUUACACCUGAUAACUCUUUCGAGACUAUGCGCGAGGUGCUGUCC